AUUUCCGAUUUCCCAAAGUUGGAAACCCUAAACUCCCCCCCUGUCUCACUCUUCCCCCCCCUCUCUCUCUCUCUCACUCUCUGAACUCCCGCCGUCGGCCCCACCGCCUCCGCCUCCAUCUUCGGUGGUCGUCGCCGCCUCGAGAUCUGCUGCCGGUCGUCAUCCGCCCCUCCGCCUCCGCCUCCGCCUCCAUCUUCGGUCGUCGUCGUCGCCCCCUCCAGAUCAGCCUCCGGUCGUCGCCACCUCCGGUCGUCGCCUAGGAGUUUUUUGCACCGAAUCUGAAUACUGUUCACACAGACUGUAAAACAGCGAAGAAGAUGAACGAGCAAGCGAGCGUUGAGAGAGCUCCUUCUCUGGAGCAACGGCCUGGAAUUUUCAUCAUCGGAUCCCUCGGCGUCGGCAAGCGGACCCUCCUCUCUCGAUUACUUUCUGUGGACUUUGAAGAUGCAUCUGAUUCUUCAUCCAAUGUGCUUAGCUAUGGGUGGACCAUUAACACGAAAUAUUACACUGCUGAUGUCUCUGUUUGGAUGGCUCAACUGCAUGAUGACUCCUCCUUUGGGCCCCUGCCCAUGCAUGACCAAUUGGCUGCCUUGGUUAUGGUUUUUGACAUGACUGAGCUAUCAUCUCUUGCUGCUCUCAAAGAUUGGGUUUCUCGCACCAACAUUCAGAAGUUUGACAUAUUAUUAUGUAUUGGGAACAAAGUGGAUCUUCUUCCAGGGCAUUCAGCUCAUGUUGAAUACAGGAGACGCCUACAUAAACUUGGAGAGUCCCCUCUUAGUUCUGAGUUCUCAGACUAUGGAAUUUCUGAAACUGAAGGAGUUAGCUUAUUAGGAGAUAAAGAGCCAUCAUCAGAAAUUAAGAGAUCAUGUUUGGAUUGGUGCUUUGAACACAAUAUUGAAUACAUCGAAUCAUGUGCAUCCAAUCCUGACUUUGACAGAUGUUUGUCAGUUGAUGGAGAUUUACAAGGUAUUGAACGACUUCAUGGUGCUCUUUCUGCUUAUAUGUGGCCUGGAAUGGUAUUGAAAUCUGGUGAUAAGAUAACUGAACCAUCUUUCCCGGAGAAGCAAGAGUCGUCGGAAGAAGAAUCUGACUAUGAAUUUGAUUAUGAAGUAUUAUCUGCGGGUUCAGCAGAACCAUGGGAUGUCACGAAUGGAGGAUGGGUAUCUGCUGAUGGUCCUGUUGAAACAAGUUAUCCCAGGGGUCCAGUUGCUCAGAGUACUGAAUCUGAAGGAUCUGUUGGAGACAAAGAAAUUGGCCUAUUGGGAAGAGAACAACAGCAGCCUUCUACAUCAAUGUCUCAUUCGGGCAAAGAUACUGGCACAGAAGUAUCUCCCAGUGUAUGCCAACCCGAGACACAACCAGAUGAAGUCUUGGAACUUGAUGAUAAGGGUGCACAUUAUGAUUUCGGGGAUUUGGAACAGUUGAUGUCUGAGAUUGGAAACAUGCGUGACAGCUUGAGGUUGAUGCCUGAUUUUCAGAGGAGGGAAAUGGCAGCAAACCUGGCCCUGAAAAUGGCUGCCAUGUUUGGCGACAGCAGUGAUGAUGAAGGGGGAUUUGAUUGAUAAGAUGAAAUAUGGCCGUGCGUUGCAAGAACUUUGUACAUCCUUGGAUUGCUGUAAUUGCUAAUUAGGGCGAAGUGAUUGGUAUCAUUCACCAGCGAUGUAUCCUGUGAAACUGGAGGCUUCUGGUAAGUUAUGCGUUCUCGAAUGCCUUCAUAUCACAUAAUAUUGUCCAGGAUUCAUCACCAUGGAGAUUUACAGGCUGGACAAGGAAACCAUAUCAAGUGUUUCAGGUCAGUGAAAUUUACAAAUUUUGCUUCAGAAUGAUGUCUUUUCAACUGUCUCAAACAAAUUGGUAGGUGUGUGUUGUCCUGAUUAUUUACCAGAUGGCGUGCGGUCUUUAUGAUCUUGAUGAAGAGACCAUCGCAAAUUAA